GCGGUAGAGUAUGUGUUUGUGUUUGCGAGUGUGACGCGCGCCAUAAUCCAACGACGGUGUCCCGCGUUCCCGUGGUGCACUGGUUGUGUGUUGGCCGUGCCGCAAUGAUGGAAUACGGACCAGAAAUAACGUGAUCAGUUGAGGCCCCGGGGGCAUUCGGUCGAACAUUUUUUUUGUUUAUUUUUAAUGAGAUAAAUUUUUUUUCAUUUUUGAUUUACUACACGGAUAUUUAACGAAAUCAUCUGACGAGCACACGCGGCAGGCACGUCGUGCGGUAUCGCGCCGGCGGUGACGACAAUAUUUGUGUCGCGCGUCGUUUACGCCAUAAACAAUGUAGUAAUCGUGUGAAUGCGUUUUGUAUAUGGUAGUAAUUAAAAUAACCGUCGGAAUUUAUAGUUUUUUGACUGUGGUGUGUGGUGCGGUGCAGGUGACGUGUUUGCCGACCGGGUUUCGGCACAUAUAGGAAAUCUGGCUGGGACGGACGCGGCCGGGCGCCGGUGCGGGUGGCGGUGGGGAAGGCGGCGGUGGCGGCAGUGCUGCUCGCACAAUGGCGGACUGCCGAGGGCACAUAUUCACCAAGAAAACCUUCCACCUACCAGCCUACUGUCACAAUUGCACCAAUUUACUAUGGGGCGUCGUGACUCAAGGCAACUUUUGCACAGUAUGUAACUAUAUAGCUCACGAAAGUUGUCUAAAAAAAUCUGGCAUAUCACCUUGCCAUAGUUUAGCGGCUAGCUUAAUUAAGAAUCCAGUAUCACAUUGUUGGUCUGAACCAGUAAGAAGUAAAAGCCAAAAAUGUUGUAAUGUUUGCCGGAAAAAACUUGAUCAUCGAACUUUUAGCAGUGUCACUUGUGAAAUAUGUCAUUACUAUGCUCAUGUUGAUUGUUUACCAUCAGCUGUUGCUGAUUGUAAAGAAACUGCUACUUACCAUCCCGGUAAGUUGUUGGACUCUGUUCAUCACGAACACCAUUGGAGAGAAGGUAAUCUUAGACCUGGAGCAGUGUGUUACGCUUGUGCCAAACCAUGCUGGACUACCGAUUGUCUGGCUGGAUAUCGUUGUGAAUGGUGUGGAAUAACGGCCCAUGCAACGUGCCGCAGUCAAAUACCUCUUGAAUGUGACUUUGGAAUUCUUGCUCCAAUAUACCUGCCACCUCAUGCGGUUAGUAUUCCACGAACAGAAGAACCUAUGGAAUCAAUUAUUGGCGUUCAAGUUCGAAGAAAAGAAAAAACAACUCUUCGAAGUAUAUCCGUGGAAUUUAGCAGUGGUGAGAGUAAGACUAAAGAGGUUGAAGAUGAAGAUGAAAUGUAUGAAGUAGAAAAAAUUAAAGAGGAUAAAUGUGAAGAAUUAGUAAAAGUAUAUGAUGGGGAUGCUUCGUAUCUCAAACAUACCAGUUUCACGGUAAAAGUUCCAAAAGCAGUAACCACAGAUAUACUUAUUUCUACAAUACUUCAAUCAUUAAACAUAUGCCAAUCUUCAGAUAAUUUUUAUUUGACUGAUGUGUACGGUUUAAACGAGCCCAUAUUGGAGGAUCCAAAUCCUAUAGCUAAUGUUACUAGGUUAGGAGGCAAAAAACCAGCGAUAUUUUUGCGUUUAAAACAAGAUAGCCAUGGGGGACUUGUUAGAGUGUACCCUGGUCGCUUACAAACUGAUAAACCAUUCUGCGUAGUUAAUGUCGACCGGCAAACUACAGCAAAAGAUCUGAUUGUCGAGUCAUUAGCUCGAUUUGGUUUCACUUCUCAUAGUUCAACCGACUACCGUCUAAGUCAAGUGUUAUUAGAACACGGGGUAACGGAACGUGUGCUGGGUUAUGAUGAAAAGCCUUUAGACAUACUAAAAAAUAUUGGCCAAGAAUCUCUCAGACAAAUGGAAUUAAUGCGAUUUUAUUUGCAACUUAAACAGGAUCCACAUGGACCUAAUAUUGCCCUGUUCAUUGGUAAUUUGCCUACAAAUUUGUCUCAACGCACAUAUGAAACAAUUUUAAUGACAUUUUUGGGUGAAGAUCGUCGGUUUAUUUCUAUUGGACCUAUAUAUUAUGAAUAUGGAUCAAUGGUAAUAACAUAUAAUGACACGGACGUAGCCGUUAGUGCCAUGUAUGCUCUUAGAGACUCUGUUUAUGAAGAUAAACAUUUAUUAGUCAUGUUAUUGCCAAAUAUUGAUCCGAAAAUGGUACCAGACGAAACUCAACCAUUAUUAGUUUUUGUUAAUGUUAAAUCAGGAGGUUGUCAAGGAUUAAGUUUAAUAUCUAGUUUCCGUAAAUUACUAAACCCAUAUCAAGUAUUCGACCUCGAAAAUGGAGGGCCUUUACCAGGAUUGUACGUCUUCAGACAUAUUAGGGAUUAUAAAAUAUUAGUAUGCGGAGGUGAUGGAACUAUUGGAUGGGUACUUCAAUGCUUAGACAAUGUAGGUCAAGAUAGUGAAUGUUCCUCGCCUCCAUGUGCCAUUGUUCCAUUGGGAACUGGUAAUGAUCUUGCUAGAGUAUUAAAAUGGGGUGCUGGCUAUAAUGGAUCUGAUGAACCCAUUCAUUUAUUGGAAGAUGUUAUCGAUGCAGAAAAAAUCAGACUGGAUCGUUGGACUGUUGUAAUUCAUCAUGAAGACAGAACUGAUGAUCGGCCAAUACCAGUGCCUAAUUCAGUUGGAAUGAAUGAAGAUAACACCCAAAUUUUUGUAAUGAAUAACUAUUUCGGUAUUGGAAUUGACGCUGAUCUCUGUCUCGCAUUUCACAAAGCUCGUGAAAAGAACCCAGAAAGAUUUAAUAGUCGAAUUGGUAAUAAAAUUGAAUACUUCAACGUUGGAUUACGUAAAAUUAUUCAUCCUCCUUGUAAGAAUCUUCAGCACGGAGUACGUCUCGAAGUUGAUGGAAAAUUAGUAGAACUUCCUCAACUUGAAGGGUUAAUUAUAUUAAACAUCUUAAGUUGGGGAUCUGGGGCCAAACCUUGGGGAAGAAAUAGCAAUGAAGAACAAUUUUCAACUCCAAAUCAUUGGGAUGGAAUGUUAGAAGUAGUAGCUGUUUCAGGUGUUAUUCAUUUAGGGCAGAUACAGACAGGUCUUAGAUAUGCUAAACGAAUAGCUCAGGGUGGACAUGUCAAAAUUAAUUUAACCAAUGAAGUUCCCGUACAAAUUGAUGGCGAACCAUGGGUUCAAGGACCUGGUGAAUUAGUUAUCCUAAAAUCAGCUUUAAAAGCUACUAUGUUGAAAAAAGUAAAGCGCACCGAGCGCAAACAAAAUUCUCGCACAAGAGCUGCAAAAUAUAUGGCCAGUCUACAAGCACUACCAUCUGUUAAUGGAAGUGAAAAUGAUUAAACAUUUGUUGACCUAUUCCAUUAAAAUAUUUAAAUGCUAAAAAAAUGGAUAGCUGGUUAUAAAAUAUGAUAUCUGUGUUAUUAUUGCAUUUGAAUUCAAUAUUGAUCAUUAUUAUUAGGAAGUAAGAUUAAGAAAAAACCCGUUUAAUGUAGAAUAAAAAUAAAAAUUAGCGUAGAAGCUCCAAUGCUCUAUUUACAUAAAAAAUUCUGAUUCUUGCUUAUUAAUUCAUUUUAAUAUUGCAAGUAUUUUGAUGUACUUAAAUAUCGAAAUAAUAAAAGAAAAGUAUAGAUCUGACAAUUAUCAAAGUAUAUUUAUGUAUGUAUAUGUGCACACAGUGAGGUGUCCAUACCAAUUGCUCUUAGACUUUUAUUAUUGCUUAAUAAUAUUAUUAUUCAUUAUUAUUAUAUUAUUGGUUUAACUUCUUACAAUCCCAACAUUAUUGAUGAUGCAAUUGUUUUCGGGGCUCAGUUCGUUGUGUCCAUUUUCGAGUGGCCAUAAUGAAUCACAAGCAAUUGUGCCAUUGAUUAUUAUAAUGAUUUGUUGGCGAUUUCUUUUUUGGUUCAAGUUUGUAAAAAUAAAAACAAUUGACGGCGAUUUAACUAUAGAAUAUUGAUUUUAUUUUUUAUUGAUUUUCAUUGUGUUAUUAUAAAAUUUUGAUUAUUGUGAUUAAAUGAAUCCCUGAUAAUUUAA